AUGAAGGCCACCAAACAUGAGGAUGCACCAGAGAGUGAAUGGAAGGAUUGGAAUUGGAAGUCAGAAGGAGACCUAAUGUUGAACGGAGCAUUUUUUACGGGGUCAGGCGCCAGAGACUCCUCGAGCUAUGCUAAGGCUUCAAGCUUGAGUGCAAGACCAUCUUCCCUAGUCGGUUCGAUUACCAUGGCUGCGGGUGCACUUAACUGCAGGAAGGGUUCUCCUUGCUGAUUAUUACACCAUAGCAAGGCUACUUUCAUGCAUUUUUGGUCUUGUUUUGCUUUAGUUUUUCAAAUAGGAGGUAGGGAAAGCCGUAGCACAAGAGGUCCAAGGUUCUCUGCUAGGGUUUGCUUUUCUAGGCUUUCCUUCCCUCCAUUUUAGUACUUUUACUAUUACUUUUUUGACCCGAUUGUUUAGCACUAUCUCGAUGUAGUUGUAAGGUUAUUCGAUUAUAGUCUAAACAUCAUGAAAAAUACCAUCUCCGCACCCGAGUAUGAAUGCAUAUGUUUGAUCAUGUUAAGA